CGGGUUGACCAAUAUGUUUUUCAGUGUAUUUUGGUGUGUUUCUAGCGAAUCUGACUAAUUUUUGUCGGAAAUUUAUAUUUUUUUUGCCCCCUUCCCUCCAACAAUAAUGGGGGAGAGCCUGGGCAAUCGGGGGUUUGGGGCUAGGGGAGAAAACGAGUCCUGUAACCCUUAUCCGGGGGCUCUGCCCCCGGACCCCCGAUAGGCCUACCUUAAUCUCACGUAACCUAACCUAAAUGUUUCAAAAACUUAAAACUUUGGGGUGUGCCAUGUUUGAAAGUACAAUACCUUAGUUAGAAGUGGAAGGACCAAGGAUAGGUUCAGGGCCAUCGACCUCCUCCUCGUCGGACCUUUCUUUGAGUGGCCCUUGAUUUCAUCCAGAGAUUCCUGCUAACAGGGAAAUUACUACAGUAAUUUAUACUGUACAGUUUUUAGGAAACUUUUAUAUUGAGCAAAAGUUUGGUAAUUUUUUCAGACAUUAAUGUUGUGAAAGUUUUUAGAACUCUUUGCAAUCCCAGAAAUUGGCAUAAAAAUUUGGUUGGAAUUCUCUGCUUUUCGCAUGAAUAUGAUAUAGUACAGUAUUGUACACUACUUGUACACUGUAUCUUGAUUUCAGAAAUCCGACAGUAUUUGACUUUUCAUUGCAAAUGUACUAUUCAUCAUAAUCAAUCCUCCUGUAUUUUGACUGGGAUGCGUGGUCUUAUAAAUCAGGUUUUGAGUCACUGUGAAAGCAUGUACCAUAGGUUCUGAAAGCCUGCACAGGAAGGGGUUAAAUUUUGUUAGCCAAGGUUUCAGCAUUAUGUUAGCUUCCUAUUGAUGAGGAUAUACGUAAGUGAAAAAAAAUAAAGUGACUCCUUAAAUUCCUGAAAGUCAUGGAUCAAAGAUAUCUUAAACUUCAGUUAUAUGAGCAGUAGGUCAGCCUACCAAUUUACCUGAUGUAAAAAUAAUAUUUUUUAAGUUGUCUGAAUUUUUAAAGUACCUGUGCAUACCUGUAUUUACAGUUGAUCAGCAUUCAUAAACAGUAUGCAUGGACGAGCAUCAAGAGAAGAAGAUUCUGAUUCUGAUUGGGACAGCAUAUCUGAAAUGGCUCCUCCACCUUCAUUGAAACAAGAGAGCCAAAAUUCUUUUCUUGGGCAGUCUCAAAGCCAGCCUGCAGUAGUGCCACGCAAACUGAAAUCAAUGACGUACAAUGAUCCACAGCUUGAGAGUAAACAUGCCAGUGAAAAUCCUCCAUUUAAUUUCAAAUCAGAAGUCAAGAGUCCAAUCAGAGUAUCAAAUGCUCAUCCAUCCAAACCGGGUAAACAAAAGAAAGGAAAUGUUUAUGACCCUCGUCCAUCAUCCCAAAGACGUGUCAGCUUUGUUGGGGACGAUGCCUUUGAUCAAGAUAAAUCAUCAGUGAAUGGGAACAUGACUGGGCCUGACAGUGAUGCUGAAGAUCCAUUGUAUUCAUCAGUGAAACCCAAACAUGUCUCUGUUGAUUCUAAGAAGCAACAAGAAUCAGAGGAACAACCAAGAAAAAAAGAUGAAAAUAGUAAUAAAUCUGAGAAAAAAAUAUCCAAAGUCAGAUCAAAGUUGUCACAUAAGAAACUGCAAGGAUUUGACAACAAGGGUUUUCUUGAUGAUCAGGCAACAGUGACUCAGCAUGUUCUUGCAGAUGCUGUUGUUAAAAAGCAAAAUGAUGCUAGUCCACUAAAUCCAAAGCCUCAGGCCUUGAUUAAUCAACAGCCUCCAUCCAAGCUACCACAAGAUCAUGAUACGUGUGAACAGGGACUCAAGCAUGAUGCAUCCCACAUAACGUCAAAUACUGACAAGAGUGUAUUAUUUAGCAGAGAAUGGUCACCACCUCUCAUUCUGAGUAUUGGAGAAACGUCACUACAGUUUGCUGGGAAAAAACCUCUGGAGGCCAUUAAUAGAGUCAUGGGUGAAGUCUUUGCCAUGGUUACCUUCCCUUUCUCCUGUUUUACACUCUUCAUUCAUCAUCUGUUAAGAUUCUUUGUUCUGGGUGUUGUAAGGCCUCUCUUGGUUGACACUUUAACACUGAUGGUAGAGUAUCUUGUGCGUCCUUUCAUGAGUGGUGUGGUAAGGCCCCUUUUGGUCAGUUUGCAUGGAAUUUCGAUGAACUUGAGUGACACCCUGGUAGUGUGUGUUAGACCUAUAGUUGCUGUGUUACAGUCGUUCAGGCUAGUUGAGGUUAAUUAUACACGUAAGUAUUCUGUGGAGGAAAUUUAGAUAUGUAUUUGUUUAUUGGCAUUACUUCAUAGAUUUGAAGUACUUAUUGGAUGUGCCAUUAAGAUUUGAUGAAUUUCAAGUGAAGAUCUCUUAUUUACCAUAAAGGUAACAUAGAUUUGUCAAUUAACCUGUAUUAAGCUUUGCAGGAGAAUACAAUCACUUAACAUUUUUUACUCUUUUGUAGUUACAGUAUUUCAGUGCUGUUAUAUUGUUUGUUAUUGUAUUUAAGCUUAUUUUGUGUCAGUUUCUAACUGAAAGAAUCAGAAUUGAAUUUGUAAAAUUUCAGUACCUGGAUAGUAAUCCACUUUAUUUCAGUUUUCAAAGUAUGCCAUCAAAAGGCAAAUUAUGCUGUAACAUUAACACUUGACUGUCAAUUAUUUAAGUUUUCUAGAUGGUUCUUGUAUACAGUACAGUAUACCAAGAAUUAAAAAAUUCAAAUAUUAACAUGUGGAUACAAAAAAAAGACAAAAUCCACACAAAAGUAUUCUUUAGCCUUUUGUUUUCAUAUAUCCAGAGGGCAGCAGUUAAUGAUUUAAUAGACCACCAAACAUUUCAUAACACAGCACUCAUUUAUAAAGAAUUCUAAAAAAAUGCAUUCCAUAGAACUUCACUUUAUUGUAUUUUUCUCAGGAUCAGGAGAACAAUAAUCGAGUGUCUCUCUGCAACAUUUGCACUCUAUCUAUAGCCAGGGAUUGGUCUUCCUGUUCUUUCAGUGAUAUCAUUGGAACCUUUCAAGGAAUGGCUUGAAAGUACAUACUCAUUUUGACUUUAUUAUUCCAUCUGUUACUUUGAUAUUUUAUAGACUAGAAUUAUAUGAAAUGAUACUGAACAUGAAAUGUACAAUGUGUUUCAUAGCGCUCUUCACUCAUGACUAAUGAAUUGUCAUUUAACUGCACCAGAUUGCUCUGUGAACAUGAUGGCAUAAGGAGAGAUUUCAGUCAUUGUAUUGUACGGUAACCUGAUAAUUAAGAAAUUGUGUCGGACAUAUGGUUUGACAGUUUUUCUAGUCAUUAAUGUAGAAUUUGAGUAAUAAUUUAGACAUUUCCUAGUCAUUAAUGUAGAAGUUGAGUACACUGUAAUAAUUUUGACAAGUUUAGUGGUAAGUGUAGAAUUUGAGUCAUAAUUUCAACAAAUUUCCUAGUCAUUAUUGUAGAAUUUAAGUCAUAUCCAGUACAGCAUCAUGUACAGUGGUCCCUCGGUUAACAAACGCCUCGGUUAACGAAAUUUCGGUUUACGAAUUACUUUCCAUAAUAAUCUUUAAUUCGGUUAAAGAAAAAAAAUUCGAUUAAUGAAGUUCUUACGAAAACAUGUCAACAUGUUUUGGCUUGCUCAUCGGCUGGUAGGUUAGUCCGCCAAUCCAGUAAUUGGUUCUAGGGCUUACAUUCGUUUCCAUUGGAGUAAAUAUCAAGAAGGUUGUGCUAUUCAAUAUUUUUCCAAGUUUUAUAUUAAAAUUAUUAGU